UUUCUUUCUCUCAUAAUCGAGAGUACGCGCGGUUCUCUAGAAAAUAUUCGAUUUUUUUUUAAUAGAGACUGAUAUGAUGAUGACUCUUAACUCAAUACCUCCCUCUGAAUCCUUUGCUCUUUCUUUCUUGGAUACCUCCUCCAGGUUCAAUCUAACCCCUAAACUCCCAGGUGGGUUUAGUUCGAGGCAGAGGAAUCAACGGAGAGGGUUUGGAAAAGGUGUCAAGUGUUCAGUGAAAGUGCAGCAGCAACAAUCUUCUCCUCCUCCAGCAUGGCCUGGGAGAGCUGUUCCUCCUGAGGUACCUCGUCAAUCUUGGGAUGGACCAAAACCCAUCUCUAUCGUUGGAUCUACUGGUUCUAUUGGCACUCAGGUAAGGAGAUUUAAACCUGAGUUGGUUGCUCUUAGAAACGAGUCAUUGAUCGAUGAGCUUAAAGAAGCAUUAGCGGAUUUGGACUACAAACCUGAGAUUAUUCCAGGGGAGCAAGGAGUGAUUGAGGUUGCUCGACACCCUGAAGCUGUAACUCUUGUUACCGGAAUAGUUGGUUGUGCUGGACUAAAGCGUACGUUUGCUGCAAUCGAAGUAGGAAAGGACAUUGCUCUUGCAAACAAGGAGACAUUAAUCGCAGGUGGUCCAUUCGUGCUUCCGCUUGCCAAGAAACAUAAUAUUAAGAUUCUUCCGGCAGAUUCAGAACAUUCUGCUAUAUUUCAGUGUAUUCAAGGUUUGCCUGAAGGCGGUCUGCGCAAGAUAAUCUUGACUGCAUCUGGUGGAUCUUUUAGGGAUUGGCCUGUUGAAAAGCUGAAGGAAGUUACAGUAGCUGAAUCGUUGAAUCAUCCAAUCUGGACGUCCAUGGGAAAGAAAGUCACUAUAGACUCAGCUACGCUUUUCAACAAGGGUCUUGAGGUCAUUGAAGCACAUUAUUUGUUUGGAGCUGAGUAUGACGAUAUAGAGAUUGUCAUUCAUCCUCAAAGUAUCAUACACUCCAUGAUUGAAACAGAGGAUUCAUCUGUAAUUGCUCAAUUGGGUUGGCCUGAUAUGCGUAUACCGAUUCUCUACACCUUGUCAUGGCCCGAUAGAGUUCCAACUUCUUAUCCAAGACUUGACUAUUGCAAACUUGGUUCGUUGACUUUCAAGAAACCAGACAAUGUGAAAUACCCAUCCAUGGAUAUUGCUUAUGCUGCUGGACGAGCUGGAGGCACAAUGACUGGAGUUCUCAGUGCUGCCAAUGAGAAAGCCGUUGAAAUGUUCAUUGAUGAAAAGAUAAGCUAUUUGGAUAUCUUCAAGGUUGUGGAAUUAACAUGCGAUAAACAUCGUAACGAGUUGGUAACAUCACCUUAUCUUGAAGAGAUUCUUCACUAUGACUCGUGGGCGCGUGAAUACGCGGCGACGGUGCAGGUUUCUUCUGGUGCUGGUUCAGUUCAUGCCUGACACAAAUUGGUUGUUGGAAGAACAUCAGUGGAAAUGUGGGAACAAGAUUAGUGUACAGAAUGGGUUAGUAUUACUUAAUAGCGCUUGUGGGAGGAUUAUGAAUUGUGCAUAUAUAACUAAUGUAUCUGUGAUCCGAACAAGCCAAACCAAUAAAGCCUCCCGUUUAAAAUAAAAAUCCUAUAAUGGUGAAAACAAAUGCGGGUGUA